AUGUGCAAACAACAAAUGACAACUGUGAGUGAAGACUUGCAGGGUGAAAAAUAUGACGGAAGGCGAGCCGAUGUUUGGUCGUGUGGAGUUAUCUUGUAUGCUCUCCUUGUUGGUGCUUUGCCGUUUGAUGAUGACAAUUUAAGACAGUUACUUGAAAAGGUAAAACGUGGAGUAUUUCAUAUUCCUCAUUUUGUACCUCCAGAUUGUCAAAAUUUGUUAAGAGGUAUGAUAGAAGUUGAUUCUGACAAAAGAUUAACGUUAGCUGAAAUUAACCGACAUACGUGGAUCACUGCAGCUGGAAAGGGAGAGUUAGAAUUAGAGAUGUCCAUGAUGGAUGUAGUACAAACUCAUAUAAUUCCGUCCAAAGAUGUUAUUGAUCCUGAUGUUUUACAAGCAAUUACAAGUUUGGGAUGCUUCAAAGAACAAGAAAAGUUGAUAGAAGGAUUACUUAGCCCACAUCACAAUACCGAGAAGGUUAUAUAUUUUCUUCUACUAGAACGUAAACGUAAGCGACCUACACGUGAGGAUGAAUUAGAUGAUUUAAGAACUAGCAUACAAACUACAAAAAAUCAGCAAGAAGAUCCACCAAAAAAACGUAUUGACACUUGCAGAAUAAAUGGUAACUCAACAUUAAACCUUGGGCAAAUCAGUCAAGGAUCUCCUAUAACGCCAAGAAAGCAACUAAGGCACGAAAAGCGGAUGACAAGUUCUCACACAAGUUGUUCAUCAUUUACAUCAACAACAAAAGUAUCUCCGUAUAAAAACACGUCUGAUUUAAACGAAAUUGCGCCACUCAUUUUGGUUAACCAGUAUACUCAGCCCCAGCAUUUAUCUUUUCCAUUAUCCAACGAGAAGAAAGACAAACAUCAAAUGACUGAAUUAUCAGAAUCAGUAAUAACCAACACAAAGAUUCAAGUACAGGACACUACACUAGAUACUAAUAAGGAAGUUAUCCAUCCUGAAAUAAACAACUGUGCAUCAACCUCUGGAGUACAUCAUUGGAAAUCACGAUUGAAUACCAUUAAAAACUCAUUCCUAGGAAGCCCUAGAUUUCAUCGCCGAAAGUUACUAACAAGUAUUGAAGAUGUUAAUCUUACACCGGAAUCGUCUCCAGAGUUUACAAAAAAAUCUUGGUUCGGAAAUCUAAUGAUGACUGAGAAGGAUGAAACAUUCACUAUUUUGACGAAAGGAAAGCAGCUAUCAACAUUGAAAGCUGAUUUAAUUCAUGUUUUUUUAUCGGGAGAUAUGCCGAAAGUAAAAAAAGGAGCUGUGUACAAGAAACGUUAUCAAGAAGAGGAGCUGUUCAAAGCUAUUCAAUAUGUUAAGGAUGGAAAAUUUUAG